UAUUACAGAAACUUCAAAAAAUAGUACAGCAAUUCAACUUUUGAAAGUGAAACAUCAUAAAGAAUAUAAUAAGCCAUCAAGAUAUAUAGAAAUUCUUCAAAAAUGCCCAACGCUGGUGAGGAUGAAAAGUGUCCCUCCUAUGCCAUAUUCUUUGGUUGUAUCGGAGCUGCAUUGGCAAUUUCAUUGACAACUUUGGGAGCUGCUUAUGGUACGGCUCGUUCUGGUAUUGGAAUCGCCUCAAUGGCUGUGACUCGCCCCGAUAUGAUUAUGAGAGCCAUUAUUCCGGUGGUAAUGGCCGGCAUUAUUGCCAUAUAUGGUUUAGUGGUUUCCGUUCUGAUUGCCGGAUCGUUGAGCAAUAACUAUACGAUGGAGAGUGGUUACUCGCAUUUCGGUUGCGGACUAUCUGUGGGAUUGCCAGGACUGGCAGCAGGAGUGGCCAUAGGAAUUGCCGGAGAUGCUGGUGUCCGGGGAUCUGCUGCCCAGCCGCGUCUGUAUGUGGGCAUGAUUUUGAUACUGAUUUUUGGCGAGGUCUUGGCUCUCUAUGGUCUCAUUGUAGCCAUUUAUCUGUUUACUAAAUAA